CUAGUGUAUUUUUCAUUUCAGUUAUUUUGUUGCAUAUCUCUGUUUGUUUGCUCUUUAAUUCUUCUAGGUCUUCGGUAAACUUUUCAAUCUUUGCAUCCAGUCUUUGUUCAAAGUCCUGGAUCAUCUUCACCAUCAUUAUUCUGAAUUCUUUUUCUGGAAGGGUGCCUAUCUCCUCUUCAUUUAGUUGUUUUUCAGGGGUUUUAUCUUGUCCCUUCAUCUGGUACAAAGUCUUUUUGCCUUUUCAUUUUCUCUGUCUUUCUGUGGCUGUGGUUUUCAGUUCCACAAGAUGAAAUACUGCUAAUACUGGCUGAUACUGCUGUCUGCCCUCUUGUGGAGGAAGCUGUCUACGAGGCUGGUGGGUGCUUCCUGAUGGGAGGGACUGAUGGUGGAUUGGGCUGGGUGGGCGGAGCUCAGUAAAACUUUAAUCUGAUUUGGUGGGCGGAGCUCAGUGACACUUUAAUCUGCUUGUCUGCCAAUGAGUUGGCCUGAGGCGACCCAGCACUGGAGCUUACAGGCUCUUUGGUGGGACUAAUGGUGGAUUCUGGGAGGGUUCACACCAAUGAGCACGUCCCAGAACCCCUGCCACCAGUGCCCCUGUCUCCUUGAUGAGCCACAGCCGCCCCCCACCUCUACAGGCAACCCUCCAACCCCAGCAGAAGGAAAGGUGACGACCUGCUGAGAAUGAAGAAGAUGGAGAUCAAAUAAAACCACGUGGGAAGAACUAAGGUCUGAAAUAGUCACUACGGAGAGUGAGCCAAGACAGGAAUAAAAGAUGAACAAACCCAUAACAGCAUCAACAUAUGUGCGCUGCCUCAAUCUUGGACUAAUUAGAACACUGUCAGAUUUUAUUGAUCCUCAAGAAGGAUGGAAGAAGUUAGCGGUAGCUAUUAAAAAACCAUCUGGUGAUGAUAGGUACAAUCAGUUUCACAUAAGGAGAUUUGAAGCAUUACUUCAAGCUGGAAAAAGUCCCACAUGUGAAUUACUGUUUGACUGGGGCACCACAAAUUGCACGGUUGGUGAUCUUGUGGAUCUUUUGGUCCAAAAUGAGUUUUUUGCCCCUGCAAGUCUUUUGCUACCAGAUGCUGUUCCCCAAACUGUUAAUACUCUGCCUUCUAAAGUCACCGUAACAGUUCAGCAGAAACAGAUGCCACUCUAUGGCAAAGACAGGACAUCUGUGAUAACUGAUGAGAAUCCCAAACAAAACAAUAUGCCACCGGACUCCUCAAGUCCAAACAAUAGAAGCUUAGAGUUUAGUGAUACACGUUUUUACAGUUUUUCAUUUUAUGAAUUGAAGGAUGUCACAAAUAACUUUGAUGAACGACCUGUUUCUCUCGGUGGUAACAAAAUGGGAGAGGGAGGAUUUGGAGUUGUGUAUAAAGGCUACGUGAACAGCAGGACUGUCGCCGUGAAGAAGCUUGCAGCAAUGGUUGACAUUAGUAGUGAAGAACUGAAACAACAGUUUGAUCAAGAAAUAAAAGUAAUGGCCAAGUGUCAACAUGAAAACUUGGUAGAACUACUUGGUUUCUCAAGUGAUGGAGAUGACCUCUGCUUAGUGUACGUUUACAUGCCCAAUGGUUCAUUGCUAGACAGACUGUCUUGCUUGGAUGAUACUCCACCACUCUCUUGGUGCAUGAGAUGCAAGAUUGCUCAGGGUGCAGCUAAUGGCCUCAGUUAUUUACAUGAAAACCAUCAUAUUCAUAGGGAUAUUAAAAGUGCAAAUAUCUUACUGGAUGAAGACUUUACAGCCAAAAUAUCUGACUUUGGGCUUGCACGGGCUUCUGAGAAGUUUGCCCAAACAGUUAUGACUAGCAGGAUUGUGGGAACAACAGCUUAUAUGGCACCUGAAGCUUUGCGAGGAGAAAUAACAUCGAAAUCUGACAUCUACAGCUUUGGUGUGGUUUUACUAGAAAUAAUAACUGGACUUCCAGCUGUGGAUGAACACCGUGAACCUCAGUUAUUGCUAGAUAUUAAAGAAGAAAUCGAAGAUGAAGAAAAGACAAUUGAAGAUUAUAUUGAUAGGAAGAUGAAUGACAUUGAUUCCACUUCCAUUGAAACUAUGUACUCUGUUGCCAGUCAAUGUCUGCAUGAAAAGAAAAAUAAGAGACCAGACAUUAACAAGGUUCAACAGCUGCUGCAAGAAAUGACAGCUUCUUAAAACUUUACUGGGAUAGACUCCUGGCUUUUUAUAUGCAGCUAUCUACAUCAUUUUUUAAACUGAAAUUUUUUUGUAGACAUUCUUCUUUACCUCUUACAAGGCAGCAUGGUGAAAUGCAGCACUAUUAAAGCUUGUGUAGAAUCCUCAGUAUAUAAAACAAACAAAAGGAGAGCCACUGUAGCAACACUUAGCCCUACUUUUUUAGUGUCACUCCAAGGUCUUACAGUAAUUCCUGAGACCUCCUUGGAACCUUACCAAACACAGUUUGAAAACUCAGAAUUAUCAAAAAAAGAAGAUUGGACUGUAGGGUGAAAAGACCCUGUGCUGAAGCCCAGACUCCACUACUAAUUUUCUGUAAAGCUUUGGGCAGCUGCUUAGCUGCUUUGAGCCUUGGUUUUUUCACCUGUAGCAUUGGACUAAUAUCUACUGUGCCUCUCUGACAGGUAGUCAUGAAAAUCAAAUGACACAGAAUAUGUACAAGCACUUGGUAACUUGUAAAGUGAUAUAAAAUUUAAUGUUUAUAUAAAUGAUUAUAAAAUCCUAUUACAGUCAUUUGUUGAUAGGGUCAUGUUCACAGUGUGCUAUUUUAAGCAACCAUUCACCAUAAGCCAAUUAUGCCCUGAUGAUACUCCAUGAUGUUAGAUUAAGUUAGAUGGCAGAUUUGAAGGCAUUUUGCAGAUGCAGUUAUAGUCCCUCAUGAGCUAACUUUAACCUCAAUUAGGAAACGCUGCUUUGGAGACCUGACCUAAUAAGGUGAGCUCUUAUAAGAAGUACGAGAGAUCCUCCUGUGGGCCUUGGAGUAAGCUAUCAUGUUGUAGGAAGGCCACAUUGGCUAAGAUCUAUGGGUGGCUUCUAGGAGAUGAGAGCUACCUUCCACCUGUUAGCCAGCAAGAAAAAACUGGAACCUUGGUUGUACACCCUCAAGAAAUUGAAUUCUUCCAACAACCUGAAUUAGCUUAGAGUGCUGCAAACUUCAGAUGGAACCAGAGCCCCCGCUGACACCUAAAUUUCGGCCUUGUGAGACCCUCCGUAGCAAACAUGGACCUCUGUGUCUGGACUUCUGACCCGCAGAAUUGUGAAAUAAUAAAUGAGUUGCUAUAA